AUGUCGGUCCUACACCCCAACGUGGGCGAGGCGAUGCUGAGCGAGACGGACCUGUGGGGCAUGCCGCUCGCGGUACAAUCCGUCAAGAAGAGCACCAUCGUCUCCAGCAAACCGACAACGACUUUCGCGCAGACGAAUAAUAUGACCUUCCACAUCCCCGGAACGAGCGAUUGCACUGAUUCAAAUGUCAUGCUUCAACUCUUGGGAGAAGUCGUCAAGCCGGACGGAAGCCGAUACAAAGAGGGCGAAAGCGAUGUCGCCUUCGUCAACAACGCCAUGCAUUCCCUCCUCAUGCAAAUCGAUGUCAUGGCGGGCGACACGGUCGUCAGCCAGUCCUCUCUGACUUAUCCGUAUAAAGCCUACAUGGAAGAUUUGCUCGCUUACGACACCAACGCCAAAACCUCUCACAUGACCAUGAGAGGCUGGGUCAAGGACACGGCCGGCGAAAUGGACGAUUUCACCGGAAACGAAAACUGGGGACUCGUCAAAAGAAGAAAGAUUUGCAAAAACAGCCGCGUCUUUGAAUUUUUCGGCCCUCUGCACUGUGAUUUUCUCUCCAAUCAAGGCAAACUUCUCCUGCCCCAUCUCGACUUGACCAUCAAGCUGACCAGAACAUCAGACUCUUUUGCACUGAUGUCGACCGCACAAAACGAAAAGGUUGUCAUUCGCGAUGCGACCCUCUUCGUUCGCAAGGUGACCUUGUCACCCAGCAUGAACAUUGCGCACGCUGAAGCACUGGAGCACGCCCCCGCACGCUACCCCUUCACCAGAACGACCGUCAAGUCCAUCACCAUUCCGAGCGGCUUCCGGGACAAAACCAUCCCAAACGUGCAUCUCGGACAAGUGCCCAAGCGCAUCGUUGUCGGUUUCGUCUCCAACGUCGCCUACAACGGCAGCUACCACCAUAACCCGUUCAACUUCCAACACUUCAACAUCAACUACCUGUGCCUCUACGUCGACUCCGAUCAGGUGCCCGCCGUCCCCCUGACCCCCGACUUCACCAAUGGUAACUACGCGCGCUCAUACUACUCACUAUUCGAGGGAACCGGAAUCAAGUGGAAGGACGAGGGAAACGAUAUAAAUUACGACGACUACGGCAAAGGUUACACACUCUUUGCGUUCGAUCUGACACCCGAUCAGUCUGCCCACGAGCCGCACUGGAACGUGCAGCGCCAAGGCACCGUCAGGCUGGACGUGCGCUUCAAAGUCGAACUCCCCGUCGCAGUCAACUGCAUCGUUUACUCAGAGUUUGACAACCUCAUCGAAAUCGACAAAAACAGGAAAGUGAUCGUGGAUUACAACGUGUGA